GCUGCAUCGGCGCCGCCGGGAGUGCAUUCGGGAACAGCCCGGGCGGCGGCGGCGCGAGUGGGCGCGCGGCUAUAAGUAUGAGCGGCGCGCGCGGUCGCGAGGUUAGUCGCCGAUCGGCAGCGCGUCGCAAACGGUGUCACUCUCCCCUCCGGUGCGACCCCACACACUCGCCUUUCUCACACGACCGGCGAUCCUCGCUUGCGCAACCCCCGAAAGCCCCAGCCCGACCGAGCCGGGCAGGCGCGCGCCCCAUAACUUGCUACGCCACGCAACGCAACGCCGUCAACAUGAUCGUCAGGAUUACGCUAUGUUUGCUAGUCUGCACAGUCUACCAAGCCAUGGCUGAGGUACAGAUUAUUACCGAGCCUCGACAAGGUGAAGAAUAUGUUUUAGUCAGCGCGGGUCAGCAAGGCCCAAUAAGACAUUUUGAAAGCUCGCAUAAGAUUCCCGAAAAACAUCCAUCACAUCGAAAUUUUAGACCAGAAGAUGAUAAGAGUAAUAAAAAAAUAGUCAAUGGUAAAGUUGGCGGUAAACACACCUCAGAAGGUAUUGUAUCAAUCGAAGAAGAUAAAAGAGUAAUACUUAAGAAAGUGCAGAAAGGUAAAAUAGCUGAAUCAAUAGAGAUCGAUAUCCCGGUAUCUAAAAUAGAAGAUAUUAAAAUUAAAGAGAAUGUAAAAAAUGAAGAUAUUAACCCAAAAAUGAAAAUAGAAUUAGAAGCCAUGUCCGAAUCGGGAAAAUUAAGUGACAAAUACCAUACGACAACACAAAAACCUAUAUUAACUACUGCACCUCCUGCUGUAAAGAAGACUUACGACUAUAUUCCUAUCAAUUUCGAUACCAUAGAUGAUAUAAACAGUGGCUUGUUGUCAUCAAAUGUAAAAUUAGAACCGGCGGGCUCAGAGCAGAAACAACACUCUCGCAUACAAAUCAAAAAGGGACCAAAUGGGCAGGAUUAUGAAUAUGAAUACAUUUACUACUAUUAUGACGAAGAUGAUGAAAAUAAAACCUCUUCAAGUACUGCCGCACCUGUCCACAAUUCUCACGACGGCCCUCAAAAAGCAGAAGCUGAUAACCAAAUAGGCAAAGAAACCAAGGCCAAGAAUAAGUACAGUUCUAUAGACAGGUCUGGUGCAACAACUGUAGCUACAUCUGACAACCAAAAUGAGGUUCUGCCAGCAUCCGGAAGAGGCCGACAGCGAGGACGCACGAUUGCACCUGCGGCAGUUGAAGAGGAAAUUGAAGGAGAUAGAUUACCAUCGAGCACACGUUUCCCACCUCGCGGACGCAACUUGACGCCUGCCAGUUCAACCACUUACGUCCCAGAGGUUUCCUCAGAAACAAGCAGGCAGCGAGGUCGACCGCAGAUCGACAACGUUGCUGACGAGUCUAUUGGCCAAACUAGGAGCAGGACCCGAGCGCAUAUAAGGCGGCCUAGCUCAGAACUUGUCGAUUUAGACAGCUUUAAGACAAACUCUGGAGACAUUCCUUCCCAAUACAAAGAGCCACCUACAAGAUAUUCCUCCGAAAGUAAAACAUCUACUGAGAUACCUGAAGGUGUACCUACCAAAGACCCCUCGCAUGCCAAAGAUUCAGUACGGGAAGGGCACAGCUUGUCAAGCGGAAUUAGAUUCCAAGAAAUAAUCGACGACUCCAAACUUCCCUCGGACUACAAACAAACGACCCCAUAUGAACAGGACACCACGGAAUAUACAACGAUGACUGCAAUGGAGAAGGUCGCUCUCGACCUAUAUGCUUAUUUAGCAGGUGAAAACUUGAACAACGAUGUCAACCCAACUGUCGACGAUCUCGGUUUUGAGGGUACCACCGCCGCUGACGAGGAGUCAUCCACAACAGAGGCUCUCAGCACAACUGAAGAGGCGACGACGCCCACAACAAGCACGACCACCACGUCCACAACCACGACGACCACCACGACCACACCGGCCCCCACCACCACGGCCGCGCCCACACGGCCUUCCCGUUUCAAGGGCCGGCCCGGUGCCCGCGCGCGCCUCUCCACUACAUCCAGCGCACCCACCGAACCUCCCCAAGAAUCUUCUACAAGAGCUAGAGGUCGGUUCAGCAAGCCAGGCGGCGUGCGCAAGACUACCGCGGCAGCACUCGAAGCGUCUACGCCCGCCCCUGCCCCUCUAGAGAAACCUGUGUCGCAGCCCAAGGCGUUUGGCCGACGCGGCGGUUUGUUCGCGGGUCGCAACCGGCCGAGCUCCACGACCGCUGCGCCUGCGCCCGCCUCCGAGGAUGGCGCCAGCUCGCCCGCCAGCGACACUCCUGCGCCGAGACCCCGUCUUCGCCCUAACUUGAGGCGGCCCAUCGGCUCUACUACCAGCAGCGCGGCCCCCGCAGAAGACAGCACGGCUCCUGCCGGCAGCGAGUCGGCGGAGACCACCGUUGCUCCGAGCAGAACCAUUGGUCGCGGCCGCCCUGGAUUGCGGCCCGCGUCCCUGCGCCCCGGACCGAGACUGAACUUGCGCGCCAACCCGCGCCCGCGGCCUGGCGCGGCUACCGAGGCACCCGUUGAUGCACCCACGGAGACCUCCGCGCCUGAUGCACCGCCCACUGACUCCGAUGCUGAGGGUUCGUCGCCGACGCCCGCUCCCGAGGCGCCGCGCGGCGGCCUGCGCGUGCGCAACCGGCUGACGGUACAGCCGUCGCCCAAGCCGCGCGUGGCGCCCACGCCGCUGCCGCGCCGGCCCAACCCGCUGCUCAAGAGGAAGCUACCGUCUACUGAGGCAACCACGGAAGCGGCGAAGAAAGUAGAAGAGGAAGUAACAGAGGAAACUAACGUCAGCGGCGAGAAGAGCGAGGCCGAGACGGAGGCCGCGCCCGCCGAGACCACGCCGGCGCCGCCGCUGCGCGGCCUCGACGCGCUGUUCGCGCGCCGCCGCGCCGCCGGCGGCAUCGGCGCGCGCCCCGCCCGGCCCGCGCGCGACGCCAGGCGCACAGCCUAGUGCCAAUCACAUGCCCCCACUAGUUCACUUCACAUACA